AUAGUUCAGUUGCAACUGACGUGUAACACGCGCUUCCAUCGCGCAAUCAGCGACACGUCGACGAGGCCAUUCGCAUGAGCUCUACGACGCCCAUCGCGACUGUUUUCUCCGUUGAUACGUUCACGUCCUAUUGCAACUACGAUGCACCGGUUACUUUCGCAGGAUGUGUGGCCCGCGCAGGCUCGAGUUGGAGCGACUGGAUCGACGUGGCGUCCGGGAAAAAGGUGACUGAGGUGACUCUGGCUGAUGCAGCUCGGGGGAACCUUUCCUAUGCGAACCCUCCCUCAACUUACACAUUCGAGUUCCUCGAAAGUAUGACGUCGAACGCGUUGAUCAUCGAAAUGGCAGGCCAUGGCAUCAAGAAACUUGGCAACAUGAACUCGCAAAAUGCAAGUUUCGCUGGCUCCCGUCCUCUUAUAGUCACAUCUCUGAAUCUGUCGAACAACCUCCUCGCCUCCAUUCCGCGCACUGUCGUGUUUGGCCCCGAGCUGUUGAACUUAACGCUCGCAAACAACAAAAUUGCCGAUGUCGAAGCGAUUGUGGCACCCAAACUACGAUUCUUAAACCUCAGCAACAAUCAACUCCCAUCGCUUAAAGGGAACGAUUCAUCAUUGUUUCCCACGUCCCUUACAACGCUGGAUCUAUCGGACAACCCGCUCGUCGAGUUGGCUCAUGUGUUGUGGCCGGCGAACCUCGCGGAGCUCUACUUGGACCGCAUUUCGACGUUGCAGAGCGUCCGCCACGUCGACUUGACCUCGCUUCGGUUGUUGUCGUUUCAAGACACGACGAUUCAAAACCUGCUCGUGUCGAAGGACCAGUUCACCCAGCUGACGGCACGCAUCAACGCCAAGUUACUGACUGUUCUCACGUCCGAAAAAACGAAACUCAAAACGAGUGGCUGCGGCAACCCAAAGACGCUGCAGACCUCGACGUCGACCCUCGACAUUUGCGUGGAAGGUGCACCAGAUGGAUCAUCCAAUUCCACCAUGUACAUUGUUAUUGGUUGUAUCGCCGCGGCGGUUGUGGCUGUCGUCGGGUUCCUCAUAUACAGGAAGUGCGCGCAGCGCAGUGGCGCCGCCAAACGGUCGGCCACCCCCGGAGUUUCGUUCUCGGUGUUUGUGAACCAAAGCGCCCGCAACCAUUCCCACAUGAUGAACAACCCUGCUAAGUCUGGAGCUGCAGGAGGUCGACCACGGGACCCGACGCUGCUGGGGACUGCCGCCGGGGAACAAAAGUACGACGUCCGGUUCGACCCGGCGAUGCAACAGUUCCGCCUUGACCACCGCGCCAUCGUCCUGCAUGGCGUGUUGGCGUCGGGGGGAUUUGGUGUCGUCCACAAGGCGACUUUCAAAGGCGAAACAGUCGCAGUGAAGCAACUCUUGCCGUCGAUCGACGGCAAUUCCGACGCCGUGACUGACUUUAUGGAAGAGAUUCGGCUGUGCUCCAUGUUAGACCACCCGCACAUCGUCCGCUUCAUUGGGGUGACCUGGACGACUCUAAAGGACGUCAGCGCAGUCAUCGAGUUCAUGCCAAAGGGCGAUUUGGCCAACCUCGUUCGCUCCACAAACAACUCGGUGAAGCUCGUGUGGUCAACUGGCGACGACUCGAACGUGGCGUCUGGAACCGUAUCGAAACUGCAGAUUCUGUGGGACGUUGUCGCUGGCCUCGAGUACUUACACGGCUUCCACGUGAUCCAUCGCGAUUUGAAAGCCAAGAACGUCCUGUUGGGCGACCAGUACGAAGCAAAAUUGAGCGACUUUGGGACAAGUCGCAGCACUGUCGGCGACGCCACCAUGACUGCAGAGGUCGGCACGAUUGCAUGGAUUGCGCCAGAAGUGCUCAAGGGUCAAAAGUAUUCUGUCAGCGCCGAUAUGUACUCGUUCGGCGUGUUGAUGUCCGAAGUGGACAUGGGCAUUAGUCCGUACAGUCACCUCGUCACAAACGGAGGGUCCCAACUACCGAAACCCGUCAUCGCGAUGAAGGUUCACCACCAACACGUCCUCCUCGCGGUGUUGUGAUAUGAUCUGGUCUCCGUAGGUCAUGGAUGGGGAGCUGCGACCGACGUUUUCAAACCAGUGCCCUGCAGAGGUCGUAGCCCUUGCGGAGCGUUGCUUGCUCCACGACCCGACCGACAGGCCAACCGCGGCCGAAGUCGGUCGCAUGCUUGGCAAGAUGGUCCGGUCGCAAACGUACUCUAUGUAGAGUUGCAUAGCGUGAAAAGACCCAAUGCAUGUACUGUUGUCUGAAUCAAUGCCGGUGAUGUC